AUAAUUCGAAUUACACUAAUUUUUUCUCUCACUCCUCUUCUCUUCAUAUAUAUGUCCCUACUUUUUUGGCAUUCGAUACAUACUUCUCUAACCAUCUGUGCAAUGUCCAUUUCAAUCACCGUUAAUUAAUGGCGGAACUUGUACAAUCAUCUCCCAUUUCCGUGUCAAAAACAGAGGAACCAGAAGAGAAACGAAUGGAAAAGCGAAGAAGAGAUGAAUCUUACCCAGUAUACAGAGGAGUUCGAAUGCGAAGUUGGGGAAAAUGGGUUUCUGAAAUUCGACAACCGCGUAAGAAAUCACGGAUUUGGCUAGGUACUUAUCCAACCCCUGAAAUGGCUGCAAGAGCACAUGACGUUGCUGCGCUUAGUAUUAAAGGGAAUUCAGCAAUUCUCAAUUUUCCUCAACUCGUUGAAUCGUUGCCUCGUCCAGCUUCAAUUUCACCUAGAGAUGUUCAAGCUGCUGCUGCUAAAGCAGCUGCUAUGGAUGAACUAAAUUCCUCUGUUUCUUCUUCUUCUUCGACAUUGAGUGAGUCGAUGACAGUAGCAGCAGCAUCUGAAGAUCAGUUAGGUCAGAUUAUUGAAUUACCGAAUUUGGAAGGAAUUUUUGAGUCGGAAAAGAUGAAGUUGAGUGACUCCGGUGAAGGAUGGGUUUACCCCCCGCCGUGGGGGGAAUUUGAGGACGAAUUUUGUGGGUAUUUCUUUGAGCAUACCGCCAUUGGAGAGAGUUUAAUUCCUACCAAAUUCGAGACGAUGAAAUGGGCUUGAUUAUUGUAAUCAAACACAAUUGUGUGACCCUUUUAGAUUGAUAUGCUCUGUUCAUAUUCACAAUUCUUCUUCUUUCAUGUUUGAAUGUAAAUAAAACAAUAUUUUAAUUAUC